CUAUCGAAAUAUAUAUGUGUGUUGCGAUAAAAAAGUAUUUAAAACAAAUUUUCAACUAAAUCUUAUUCAGUGCAUUUAAAAGAGCAGCAAGAAUGUCAUCGUUUAACAUUUUAAAGAUUUUCAUCGUCCUAUUCCUGGCACAAAGCAGCCUAAGUCAUCCUACAGAUAACAACCACAAUGAGCUAUUAACUAAAGUCAUGCGUAAAGUGACACCAACUGCUUUUCCCCCCGGUUCAAUUCUAUUGAUUCUAGUAGAAAAUUUCGGUAUUGUAACCAAACAUUUCGCCACUGAAUUCAACAAUGCCACCGAAUAUUUACUUAAAGAUGAAGCACUUAUGAACAACAAUAAUCCCGAAGUUAUAGAGUUCAAAAAUAAACUAAACAUUUUACACAAUCUCUAUGAUCCAGUUUUAAAUGAUACAAAAUAUAACUAUGAUAUAGCGGCCGGUUAUGUUAAUCUCACCAACUAUUAUUUUGAACAACCCGAGAUGGAAUGUAAAGUUAUUAAGGAACUAUUAACGAAAUACAAAUUAAAAGAUAUUAACGAGAAAAUGUCUAUAGAUAUUGAAAUGUUUUUCGAAAAUGUUAUUAAAAUGUUUGAAGUUAGCAAAAAAUAUUUUGAAAGCGAAAUAUCGUUAUGGUUCGAUAAUUUUGCAAAAUUAAACGAUCUUCAGGAGAGAAUUAAUUCAUUUAUAGAUUUCUCUAAAGAUCAAGGUGAAAAAAGAAAUUGAUUUUGUUAUGUGUUGUUUGAAAAAUGUAAAUAAAUUGUGAAUAAAUUAUCUUCUAAUAGAAGAUCAUUUAAAAAACA